GUGGACGAGCUCGCGAAGUCGCUGAACCUCGGAUGGAAGCGCCGCGACGCCGCCGCGGUCGCGGACGCCGCGUCCGAGGAAGUCCUCCGCGAGACGCGCGGCCUCUUUGAAAACGCCGAUCCGUCGUCGGUUUCGUCCUCCUCCUCCUCCUCCUCCGCGUUCCACGCCGCGUCCGAGCCCGGGCUCGCGCGCCCGAUGCUCGAGGCCGCGGCGGCGCCGCUUCUGCGCGCGCUCGAGGGCGCGUACCACGCCGCGGACGACGCCGCGCACGCGGCGCUGCCGCUCGAGUGCGCGCGCGCGUCGUUGCGCCUCUCCGCGGAGCUGCGGCUUCCGAAACCUCAGAGACGACCUCGCCGCGUUCUUGACGUCCGCGCCGGGGCUCGGGGACGCGCGAGGGAUGGCCCCGCAGGGCGGCGAGGCCGUCACGACGCUCUUACAGCUCGCGACGGUCGACACCGGGGUGUUAUCGAACUCGUGGAGGGCGGUGUUGGAGACGGUGAGUCGUUUGGACGAGCUGCACGCUGCGGCCAUCGGCGUCGGCGCCGCGCCGCCGCCGAACGCGGAGACGCCGACGCCGACCGUCGCGGCGGAAUCCGAACCGUCGCCGGGACCGGGACCUACGACGCCCGCGCCCGCCACCCCCCCGCGAGGAGGAGGAGCGUCGGACUCGAAGAGACGCGGCAAGGGCGCGAAGAAGACGAGGGCGGGGGGCGGCGACGACGACGACGUCGUCUCGUCCCCGGCGAUGGGCCGCGGCGGCGCGAUGUCCUACGCCGGCCGAUCGACGCUGAAUCCCGCGGAGAUCGAACUCGCGCGAUGGCUCUCCUCCGCGGCCGGUCGCGACGUCCUCGACCGCGUCUUCGCGGAGAGCGCGCGUCUGGACAGCGACGAGAUAGUGGUCUACGUCCGCGCGCUCGCGGACGUCGCGCGCGCGGAGCUCUGGGCGCGCGACGGCGGAGCGAAGUAUCAGCCUCGAACGUUUUCGCUUCGAAAGCUCGCGGUCGUGAGCGCGAUCAACACGACGACGCGCGCGCGGCUCGUGUGGCAGCGCGUGUGGGCGGUCGCGUCCGACGUGCUCGUCGCCGCGAGCGCGCACGCCGACCCGUGGGUCGCGUCCGCGGCGGCGGAGGGGUUGGGCGAGACGGCGGCGCGGCUGUUGCGGCGUGGGAUCGAACGCGGCGACGACGCGUUGCGUCCGUUUCUCGUCGCGUACGGCGCCGUGUCCGGUCCCUCGCGCGCGCACGCGCACGCGCGGGUGUUGCUCGUCGGCGCGUUGGGUCGAUGCCUUCGGUCUGCCUGCGCGAGGGACGACGGAAGCGGCGGCGGCGGCGGCGGCGGCGGCGGCAGGGCGGGGGGGUUCGGUUUCGUCGGCGAGGGGUGGUCGGUCGCGAUCGAGGUGCUUCGUCGCGCCGCGCGCGACCCCGCGGGCGAAGUCGCCGCCGCCGCGCACGACGCGUGCCGCGCGUCCAUCGCCGCGGGCGUCCGCGCGUCCUACGCGUCGUCGUCUUCGAGAAGUGACGGGAACUUCGAUGACACGUCGGAUAAAGGGGUGCCGAGUGGGGUGCCGAGCGCGCUGACCGCGAGCGCGAUUCGCCUCGUCGCCGAGCUCGCGUUUUCGUCGCACGGAAAGGCGCUGGCGGGGAAGACCGCCGCGGCGCUUCGCGAGAUCGCCAUGGACGCGGGGACGCAGCUCGCGAUCGAGCACGCGCGCGCGGAGGACGGCGAUCUCGCGGCGGCGGAGGGCGGCGACUCUGCUGGGGCGUCGCCGGCCGCGUUUCUCGCGUGGCGCGCGGCGCUUAGAGCGCUCGCGGAAUGCGCCGCGGGUGACUGGCCGGGGGACGCCGCCGACGACGUCGUCGUCGGCGCCGCCGCCGCCAAGACCGCGGGUACCAACACCGUAACGCCCGCGCCCGGGACGUUAUCUUCGCCGCCGCCGCCGCCGAAACCCGCGCUCGACGCGCUGUUCGGCGUCCUCGCGUCCUUCCCCGACGGCCUCCCCGCGCGCGCGUGGGCCGUCGCCGCGGACGUCGCGGUGAAGCCGCUCGUGGACCUCGAGUCGCGUCGGAAAAAAAUUAAGAUGGACAGCGGGAAGAUCCGAUCCGGCGCGAUCGGAUCGCACGCCGCCGCCGCGGAUUGGGCGUCGUCCAGGGUCGAGCCCGUGCUCGUGUCGCUGUGUACGCUGUGCUCUGGGUCGCGCGUCGCGCGCGCGGCGCUCUUAACGCCCCUCAUCGAGGCGUUACCGGCGAUGACCGGGAGCGCGCGCGAAGAACUCGCCGCGCACGCGUUGUGCGCGACGCGGCACGUCGCCGCGACGCUCUCCGCCACGUCAUCCGCCACGUCAUCUUCCACCGCCGCGCCCGAGUCGUCGCCGCUUCGAUGGGCGUGGGACGGGAUCGUGCGCGCGCUGCGCACCGCGAUCGAGAGCGGCUCCCCGGGGACGUCGAAAGCGGGGCCGUCGACGAUUUCGAAAUCGUCGUCGAAAUCUUCGUCUGACGAAUCCGGCGGCGCCGUCGCCGCGCUCCUCGCCGUGCAAAUCACGUCCGACAUCCUGCGCGAGUCCCCGCCGUCGACGACGCCGUGGGCAUCGCGGCUCGCGCUGUUGGACCUCCUCGCGAUCGCGCACGCGGCGGCGGCGAGCGGAAACGCGGCACGCGGCGGUCACGCGCGGCACAUCCGCCUCGAGAUCUCCGCGGGCGUUUCGUACCUUCGGUCGUUGGAGCGCGAGCUCGACGAGGCGAACGGCGCGGCCGGUCGUUUGGACCCGGCCGAGGUUUCGACGCGCGUGGACGUCCUCAGCGCGCGGCUGAGGGAGCACGUCGUGCGCGUCCUCGCGGACGCGGCGGCGUUCGCGAAGGAGGAGGAUCUUGACGGCGCCGACACCGACGCCGGCGCCGGCGCGAACGAAAACGCGGCUCCGUCGAACGCCGACUCGGUAAAUUACGGAACGACGUCGAACAACAUCGCCGCCGUCGACCCCACCGACGACGGGUCCGCGUGGCUCGCGCGCGCGGCCGCGAACCGCGCCGGGCGCGCGUUCCGCGAGCCCCUCGCCGCGGCCGCGAUCGACGCGCUCGGUGACAUGGAGGACGGCGACGCCGAAUCCUUCGCUCGCGCGAUUCGCGACGCGCUGCCUUCGGCGACGACGUUGAUCGCGGUCGGUCGGGCGCCGAUGAGCGGCGCGCUGGCGCGUUUGUUCGGCGGCGCGCUGAAGCGGCGGUUGGGGCCGACGCUGCGGGGGGAGAAGACGGCGGUCGAGAAGAAGAAGGAGGCGGCGGCGGCGGCGGCGGCGGCGGCUGAAGCGCCGGCUGUCGCGGAGGAGGAGGACGCUCCCGCCGAGACCGAACCGGGCGCCGCGGCGGUCGAGGAACCCGAACCGGCGGCGGCGGAACCCGAACCGACGCCGCCAUCGGAGGAGAAGGAAGAAGACCUCACGUGA